CCGGUAGAUAGAUGAUUAACGAAGUGCGUUGACUGCUCCCACUCAAUUAAUCAAACAAGCCACCAUAAGCUCUGAUAGUAUGUUUCAAACCCACCGACGUCAUAGUGAAAACAACAACUCCCCUCACCACAACCCCAUACAAUAAUUAAUCACCAUCACCAUCACCAUCACCAUCACCAUCACCAUCACCACAACUACAUCCCAACCCCAACACACAAAAAAGAAACCCCAAAGAUGCCAACCCGAACCGCCCUCCUCACCCGCACCCGCACCCUAUGCCAAAACUUCUCCACCAGCGCCCCCCUACCCACGCUCCUCUCCAACUUCACCCACAAUCCCCCGCCCACAGCCCUCGAACACGGUCUCCCGCAGCUCGCCCCCUUCCUCGGCCGCCCAUUCACCGGCCAGGAGGGAAUCCAACGCUACUUCGGACUCCUGGCUGAGCUGCUUACGAUCGAGAAGAUGGAGUUCGAGCCGGAGGAGAAAUGGGUCGUGGAUGAGAGGACGAUGGCUGUGUCGCUGCGGGGGGAGGGCAGGUUUCGGUGGAAUGAGACGGGGCAGGCUUGGGAUGAGACGUUUGCGUAUCGGAUUGGGCUUGCGGAGGAGGAGGAGGGGGAGGGGGAGGUGAAGGUGGUGGAUUAUGAGGUUUGGGCGGAUACGGGGGCGGCGUAUUUGGCUAGGGUUGGGGGAUUGAUUAGCUAGCUAAAGGCUUUAGACAUCUGUACUUUUUGUUAUGUCUCUU